AUGGUCUCUUCCAAACUACUUUUCAUUGCUUUCGCCAGCAUACUCAGCUCUGCUAUUGCUGUCCCUGCUGAGAAGAGAGGUGGCUCGAAUGGAUACAAUGGUGAUCUGGCAGACAAUUUCAAAUCCUUCUUCCAGAACUUUGGUGGAUGGUCCUCGGAUAACAACUACAAAGGUGAUCUCGCCAAGGAUCUCUCCAACUUCGCAAACGGAUUUGGCGGAAAGCUUUCCGAUAAGGAUGCGCAGUAUUGGGCCGAUACCCUGAGCAACAAGAAGAACAGCGGUGAUUUCAAUGGGUGGUGGGGAGCGAAUGGUGGUCAGGGUCAAGGAGACCAAGGAGGCUAUGGAUGCGGCUUCGGAGGCUCCAACUGGGCUUCCGGUAAAGGAGGCCACGGCAAUGGAUGGAACAACAACGGCAACGGAUGGAGCAGCAAUGGCAAAUCCUCCAGAAGCCUUGUUGCCAGAGGUUUUGGUGAUUCGACCAACGGUCAAGGUUGGGGAAGCGAACAAGGCUCUUCUAAGGGCUCCGGCCAAGGACAGGGAUCGGGCUGGAGCUCUGAGCAAGGCUCCUCCACAGGCUCCGGUCAAAGCAGUGGCUGGGGUGACAGCAAGGGCGGCGAGUCUGGAAAGGGCGGCGAGUCCGUCAAAGAUGGCUCUGGAAACUCUGGUAGUAGCUGGGGAUCUGGAGACAACAGCAACAAGGGCUCUAGCGGUUCCAACAAGGGAAGCUCCGGCAGCUCCGGCGAUAAUUGGGGCUCUUCAGAGGGUGGCUGGGGAGGUGACAAGGGCAAGGAUAAUGGCAACGGAAACCAGGGAUCCUAUGGCGGCAGCUAUGGAAGCUCUGGAAAAGGAUCUGACAGCAACAAGGGCUCGUCCAGCGGCUGGAGCGGCGACAACCAGGGCAAUGGCGGAGACCACAAGGGCUCUUCUGGUGAGAAAGGAUCUGGCGACAACAAGGGCUUAGAGAACAAGGGUUCUUCUGGUGAGAAAGGAUUUGGCGGCAACAAGGGUUCUUCGGGUGAUAGCUGGAGCGAGAACGGAAAGUCCGGCGAGUCAAAGGGUGGUGACGGCGAGGGAAGUGGAUGGUAA